AUGCAAGAAGGAUUUUCAGAAGAAUCUGAUAUAACUGAUCCAUUAAUUAUUGAUCAAGUUAUUAAUGCAACUGGAAAAGGUGCUUACCGAAUUGUUAAAAAAAUUCUUGAGUAUAUAAUACCAUCAUAUGUUGAAAAGGGAAUAUUAGAUCCUGCAAUACCAACUAUUCAUCUUCGAAUAUCUGGUGAUGGGCUGAAUGUAGGACGAAAGGUGAAGCUUGUGAUGAUUACCAUAGCACUAUUGGAUGAUUCAAUAAACAUUUGUAAGCCCAAUUACCAUUAUACAACUAUCUUAUUUCCGGAAUUGCAAGAACUGAGUAAUGUAGGAAUAGUUAUCAAUAAUACUCUUUGGAAUUUUGAGUUUUUUUUUAGCUCAGAUUGGAAAUUUCUUGCUACUUGUUUAGGUUUUAAUGCUGCAAAUUCCAAUAAUUUUUGCCUAUGGUGUGAAAUAACAAAAAAUCAACGUGGAAAUGGGCAAAAUGACUGGACAAUUAGUAAAUCAAUGAGUAGUUUAAAUGAAAAUCCAACAGCAUACCCUGGUCAUAAAUUACCUCCACUUUUCAAUAUGAUUUCACUUAAAAAUCAUGUUCCAGAUAAACUUCAUAUAAUGUUACGUAUUACUGACCGUUUAUGGGAGUUAGUUUUACAAGAAAUCAAAAAUGAGGGAUUAUUUAAUGACAUAACUCGGAAUAUUAUAAUUAAGGAGAUGGAAAAUUUAAAAAUCAGGUUUGAGUUUUGGAAUAUUCAUGGUACUAAUAAUUGGAAUUACACUUUCUUAAUGGGUGAUGAUAAGCUUUGUGUUCUUCGAAAUUUUAAUUUGACAAAACUUUUUGAUCCAGAACGAGCCGCAUUAAUUAAAAGUUUGUGGUAUGGAUUUGCUGAAUUAUAUGAUCUUUUAGGAGAAAAAACAACAGAUCCACAAUAUUUUCGUUUAAAAGCAAAAGUAUGGUGUGAAUUAUUUUUGAAAAAAACGAACAAGGACUUUAUCGAUCAUCAGAUAUAA